CGAGCCCAAUUCCGGCCCAAUAGUCACUUGUGUUGGCCACUUCGCCUUGCGCCAUUUCGAUUCCACCAAGCCCUAGUCCCCGCCACGCCACCGUCCGCCGGCAACGCCCCCGCCGCCGGCCGGCGGCCGGCGCCAUCCCCAUCCAUGGCGUCCAGGACAGCAGGGCGGGAGCGGGACCCGUGUGAGGAUGAGGAGGUACGAGUGUACAGCGAUUCUCGUGGGUAUUUCGCCUCCGGGGGGCGCGAUGUUGAUGUCGGGCCGUUCCCAACCUCCGAUGAACUCUACGCCGCACUCGACCACCACUAUCACCUCCGGUCGAAGCCCUGUGAUCCAGCCCCGCUGCCGACACAGUGUGAGGGCCUUUUGAGAGGUGCAUCUGAGCCUGAAUCUGCACAGGCACUGCAGGAACCAGAUGUUUUGUCCGUGGGGGAGCUUCUUGGCGCUAUAGCAUUGAAAGAACCAAUUAUUUCCAGUCCCUCUUCCUCCCCACAGGCAGUACCAGAAGACAACAUUGACGCUGUACCAUCAGGGUGCUGCCUUUCCUCAUCCCCUGGGUCAGUCAUUUGGGUUCACAAACCUCCUGAAGGCCGCCGCGGGUCAUACCACAUUCGAAUGGAUCGUAGUGGGCUGUUCCACACGUAUCCUGAUAUGGGUGGUCCAUUUCUCAGCUUAAAUGAAGCUCAAGACGCUUUCACUAGCCAUCUUAACAUCCUAUAUCCUCCAUUAAAGUUUGAGGAGCGGGAUGGGGAGUCUAUUGUGGACAUGAUGGUACGCAAAAUCCUUUAUUUUCCUGAUGGAACUAGGAGGAGGUACUCCAAAUCACAAGUAACGCAGGAUGUGCAUAAUGAUAUGCGCCAAUUGGCUCGGGUGAUAUUAGACAUGUAUAAUGACGAUCACAGUCUUUUAGGGGGUCUUGCAUACGAGCUCAAAGAUGUCAUUCACUUUCAACCAAUUAUGGAGAGCUGUACGUGGUUUGACCAUUUAAAUUUCACGGCAUUGACCAAAGGAGAUAAUGAAUUGGAUUAUCAAAUUCAUCUGUUCUUUGCUGAAUUGAUGUGUUUGGUAGGACAAAAGGAUUAUAUUGUCACUUGUUGCUGUGCACUUAAAUCUGAUGACAAUGGUAAUUGCUAUAACUGCAAGCUUCAGAAUGUUAAUUUGAAGCACCCAAAUGAUACUAACCAAUAUGCUGGUGGACAUGAGUAUCUUUGUGGAAUUUAUGACACCGAAGAGAUGAGCGAGUCUGAAGAUGAAGAAAAAGAGGAGCAGAGGAUAAGAAAACUUUACGAGGAUCUUGAGGAACCAGGUUUGCAUGAAAAACUUUUUGGUGAUGUAGAGGAAACAGGUUUACAGGAAGAACUUUUUGGUUGAGGUGGAAUGGGAGCGGGAGUACGUACUCCUAAUGAGUAUAGAACCAUUUUUAUGCUACCGUGUCUGUGUUGUAGUAGUGCGUUUUCAUGUUAUUUAGGAAUUUGUGGAGUUUUGGUUAUUAUGUAGUACAACCUGCCAUUUUACUAUAAUACUAUAUGGUACGUGACUUCUGUGUCUCAACAGCAUCAGACUAACGCUGUCCAUUGCUCGUUUA